CGAGCGAUCAACUCGCAGAGCAACAACAUGUUGAGGAACUGAUCGACAAUGUUCAAAACAAUGUUUUUAGUAGUAAAAAGUGGGCCGAAACUGUGACACGGUGAAUUUUGCCGGUUCGACGAAAUCGAAUAAGUGAGAAAAAACAACAAAAACCAAAACACAAAUUUACUAAUAAACACUUUUCUAUUGCAACCAAAGCAGUACGAAAAAAAUAAAAAAAGAAAUCUCUUUAGCUAACUCAAACAUUUUGCCGGUUAAUAAGCACAAACAAACAAAGCGUAGCUCGUAUACAUAGGAAAUAUUUUAACCUGCAUUCAAAGGCGGCAAGUUUAUGAUACACAUCCGCAAUCGUCCCACCUGCCCGACUCUAUGUGAAUACUUAUAAACAUUGAAUUUAUUCACUCAUCUCGGUUUGCGGAUUUUCGUUUGCGGUUUUCGUUGUGGUUUGUUUUUGUGGUUUUCGGCUCGGUUCAUAUUAAUUUAACGGUAAUGACAACACGCGGUAUUCGUCGCAAGAAAUCGACUUUGACAGAAUUAAAAAUCGCUGUCGUUGGAGCGCCGAGCGUUGGCAAGAGUGCUUUAAUUGUGCGUUUCCUCACCAAACGUUAUAUCGGCGAAUAUGAUCAUCAAACGGAAAAUCGAUAUAAGCACGAAGCGAUGGUGGAGGGAGAGCCGGUGCUGUUCGAAAUACUAGACACAUGCCCCAAGGCUAAUGAUGAGUUUCCCAAUGCCGCUGAGUUGGUGCAAUGGGCCGACGGCCUUCUGCUCGUCUACUCCAUCACCGAUCGCAGCUCGUUUAAUUACAUACGACGCGCCAAAUCCGACCUACAAUCCGAUACACCAGUGCAGUUAGUGGCCAAUAAAGUGGAUAUGGUCCACUUGCGUCAGGUUAGUCGUGAUGAAGGUGAAAUCCUCGCCAAAGAUUUUGAGUGCAAGUUCAACGAAGUCUCAGCGGCGGAUCAUGUCGAUCAGGUAGCCGAAGUUUUCCACGAGCUAUGCAAGGAGGUGCUGGCGUCGAAGCGUAAAUCGAAACAGAGUCUACUGGAGCGUAUGCUGGGCGGUGCACGACCCUACAGUCGGGGGAAGAGUGACAGUAAUCUGCCGAAGGACUGAUGAAAACUGCAAAUCGGUCAGCGGCACCUUGAAGGCAAACAACGGCAGUUAAUCGUACUAAGUGGUGCUCUGGUGCCGCUCAAAAGUUUAAGCGUCGCGGUUAUCCAGUCGACGUUUGUAAUGUUUAACGAAAUUGAAAUAAUUGCAAAGAAACUUGAUUUACCAUAUUUUAUAUGUAGCGAAUAACAAUCGAACUUUAUUUAAUACAUUUUCCAUUGCACGAAUUUUUGUAAUUAAAAUUAGCUUUAAAAUACGAAAAAUAAAAAUAUACAAACACA